ACUGACGAGGGGUCUUCUUGACACAGACGCCGUUAGAGCCACGGGACUUUGCGUGCGAAGUUUGCACAGCAGAGAUCGGGACCAAGCCGGAGAUAUCUCGACCACAUCCACGGCAUUCUCGCUUCAAGGAGGGAGGUCUGCGAUCAUGCUGUCGCUGGACGAGCCUCUGGACCUGAAGCUUCCUCGGAGGGCCAACGGGAAGGACAGAGGGGCGCGCAAUCCUCCUCUCUCACCGCUGCACCCCAAACAUGCUCGCCAGCUCCACAUGGCAGAUGAUGGGACAGCAGUCAUAGAGCCUGCCUCACCAGCAUCUCCACACACAGGCAUGCAGGUAGUCCCUCAUGAUCGAACAGACACUCCCACCCCCCCUGCAGUGGACCUGAGCAUGUCUCCAUCCUCCCGCCACACCCCAAGCUCUCCAGAAAUGACCAACGGAAACUACAUCCCUUCAGGAAAUUCUCAUAUCUCACAGGCCUUCCAGUUCUUUGUGCCAAUAGGACAUGGGACAGGACUUCACCUUCCAUCCUCUAUGUUCAUUGGCCAGACUAGUGACAAGAGAUCCUCUCCAGAUCUUUCAGCAGAUGAACAGCUAGCCUGUCGUUGGAAGAAGUGCCAUCUGCUGUUUGACUCCCUGCAAGACCUGGUGGACCACGUUAACGACUUCCACGUCAAACCUGAAAAGGAUUCUGGGUACUGCUGCCACUGGGAGGGCUGUGCUCGCAAAGGGAGAGGGUUUAAUGCUAGGUACAAAAUGCUCAUCCACAUUCGCACUCACACUAAUGAGAAACCCCAUCGCUGUCCCACCUGCAACAAGAGCUUCUCGCGCCUGGAGAAUCUCAAGAUACACAACCGCUCACACACAGGUGAAAAGCCCUACAUUUGUCCGUAUGAGGGUUGCAACAAGCGCUACUCCAACUCCAGCGACCGCUUCAAACACACACGCACGCACUAUGUGGACAAGCCCUACUACUGCAAGAUGGUGGGCUGCUUGAAGCGCUACACAGAUCCCAGCUCUCUCCGCAAGCACAUCAAAGCCCACGGCCACUUUGUGACUCAGGAGCAGGGCUCCUCGGGUGGAGUGGGCUCCCUGUUAAAGGGAAGUCAGAGCGGGGGGUUUACUAGUGGUGGUGGGAAAGAUUCAGAGUUGUCCUAUGUGAGUGGAGCCCACAUUAUAAUCCCAGGGGCAGCGGCUGCUCUCCUGGGAGGCCAUGCUCUGCAGGGCCUGGGUGGAAGCCUGCCCCUGUCCCCACUCAGUUCUCGGCCCCUGGACCUCAGCACACUGGGCUGUGCCAACUCCCCUCCUGGCAGCUUGGGAGGAACAUCCAUCCUCUCUUUCAACGGCUCCCCGCUGGGUCUCACAAAGUCCCAUCUUCUCUCCCCCGCGUUUCCCUCCUCGGCCCUGGGCCUGCCGAUGGUGCCGGUUCUGGGGCCCGCAUCCGAGUGCGGGGCCCAGAACCACCAUGCAAAGAAGGGCAAAGGAGAGGAGGCAGAGAAUGAGGUGACUGGGGGGGCCCUGAACCUCUCCACAGGAGGGUCUCAUGAUCCUUUGUCCUGGGUCGUCAUCCCCCCAGGCACUGUGGUGCUCAAGCCAGCUGUGGUCAACUGAUACACACACACAUACACACACACACACACACACGUUUUACUAACACACAUUCCAGAAGAGCUCAGGGGGUCGGGAUGGGAGGGUCAAUGCCAUAGUGAGGGUCUGGGCAGUCAAAGGUGAUAGGGAUUGGCUCGCACAAUCAAAUCCAGGCAAUGCAUUGGGAUAGAGACACUUAAAGAAUAAAAGCAUACUUAUCAAAUCGGCAAUCAGCAAAACAAGUGAAAAUACUACACCUCACAAGAAUGAGCGUGCAACGGAAGGCUAUCGCAUUGUUGGCAAAAAACUAAACUUGAGGCCCAAAUGCUCUGUUCAGGAAACUUGUAUGGCUAAGGCCUUACAACAGGCUCCUCUUUCCUCUCUUAUUUUAUACUCUACUCGUUCCUGUUUGCUGUUUCUAUGGACAAGGACCAUGAAAGUGACAGUCUUAGUGCUCUGUGUUCUUACAAAAGUCCUCCUUCAUUGACAAGUAUUUAUAAGACUGUACUUUGACAGUGUGCCUCCAGCUUCGCAGUGAGAUACACACACACACACACAAAAUAAGUGACGCGCUCACAUUUAGGCAAACAGGGGGAUUCUCAAAUCACUUUAAAGUUUUGACCUAUUUCUCGCAGGGCGCUGUGAUUAAUAUGAUCCAGACAAGCUUGCCAAACCAAAGCAAGUGAACUCAAAUGUAUUUGUGCGGGGGGACGAGACCAUUAAACACAGCGAAUAAUAGCGUCAACUGGCUAUAGUAUCGAAACCUCAAAACUGCUGCUAACUAUUGACAAUCUGUCCCCAGUUUGGGGAGAGGGUGACCAACACAGACCAGCCUAGUCCACCAGAAUGUGUACGAGGUGUGCAGACUAGGGGCUUUUAGGGGCACGGAGCAAACUGAGGACAUAACAUAGACAAACGGUGUUACAUCACCUGGCAAUCACCAAUCGAUUUUCAAGUGAGAUUUAAGGCACUGUGGUGUAGCCGACACCCUCCAACCCCCCUCCUAGUAGGACGUGACACACACGACAUCCUGCUUGCCUUUUACAGAACUAGCACUGUUUUUUUCUCUUGGAUUGUCCAGCUGCUUUCUCGUAAUUGAAUCAACACGGCCAUCUUGCGUAUGAAAGGGCCACUGUGGCGAUAAACACUACUGUCUUGUAUUUUAUUUUAUUUUUUUUAAGUAACCCGACCCAAAACCAGCUGUGAAAAACAGGUGGUCGUCCAGUCGAGGUCCAACCCGGAGCCGUCGGUCGAAUAUUUGUCCUGAGUUCAACAAGUUUUCACGCUGUGCCAAAAGUACCUGGAAAACUGCAAGCGGGAUGUUCGCAUUGUGCCACAGAGGAGGGGUGGAGGUGUGUUUGGGCGGGGGGGUGUUGUGCACUCAGUGCCACAUACAGCUGGACUGACUAUGAAGCCACACUAUUGCAAACUGCCUCAAUUUACUCUGUCCAAAGGGGCAAAAAUGGACAAAACAACAACAAAAAAAGACUCAUUUAACUUCUGGGAAACUUCUCAUGGUUUGAUAAAGCUGUCGACAUGCACUUAUCACAAACUAUAUCCCUUGUGUGUUCUUAUGAAAUGUUACACGGUUCUUUGAUCAGUUGUUUUGCUCUCAGUCCGUUUUUUUUCCUGCUGUGGGUCCUUCCAGACGCCUGUCGCUCAGUAAUUGUCCGUGACACUGACUUUGAUUGCUGCGUGCACAGAAGAGAGAGGUCGAGGAGCGGGAGAGGAGGAUCAUAACACAAGGAACAUUCCCUCAAGAGACUGACAUAAACCCCAGCCCUCCUCUCUCUUCACUCCUCCAUCUCUCCCCUCUCCUUCCGCUUCAUUGGCUGUCUCCUUUUUUCAUCACUUUAUCCAAGGGGGCGAUACAUUUAGUUAUUGCUGUUUCGUGUUUUUUUCUCUCUCUUUUUGUUUUGCUGUUGUUCAGACGAGACAUUUUUUCUAAUGUUGAAGAUGCUUCUUGUGUUCUGUCAUGGCUUCUCUGCAAAUCAGCUUUCUGCUGUCGAGGAUGAGUCUUUCGAGAGGUCGAAGAGUCGAAGAGAGGGAGAGCUUUGGUUGGUUUUCCAGCAUCAGUGGUGCCCAAUCUGACAUGUGGGAGACAAAAGGGAUAUUAUUAUAAAUCUGAAGGGUCGGGUAAUAAUUUUUAAAAACUUUAAAAAUGCUUCAGUAGAUCAGUGGAUGACACUAAGUCUGUUUGCCAGCCCGUUAUUUUGCCAUUAGACCUAUAUGUGAAUAAUCUUUAGUCUUUCUAGAAUAAUGAAUCCAGUGUGAUUCUUUUGCCCCUCAGGAUCAUUUUAAUAAUUCAAGUGAUCUCUAUCAUCUAGUGCUGCCAUCCACCCAUCCAUCCUCUUCAGGAUUAGUAGGGGUGCUGGCGUGUAUCCCAGCUUUUACUGGGCAAAAGGACAGCUCACCAGUCUGUCACAGGGCUAACAGAGAGACAGACCACUGUUCACACCUAUGGCCAAUUUUUUCCAUUGUAGUAUGUUAUCAUGUACUUUAACACACUGCCUUUCCCGAGCGUAACCUCACAGAGACAGUUAAGUCCUCAGUGUGGUUUCCUAUACAGUGUCACAAACUCCUUAACUCCUCCCCCUUGGAUGCCUUCUAUGGGUAACCUUUGUUUCUCUUUGAUCUGAGUCUUUUCUGUCAUAUUGCAGAUCUGCUUCCAGAGCAAAAUGACUGGGUUUGAAUCAGAAGUGAGCGCUGCCUAUACAGCUUACCAAGGCUACCCUUGGAAAAAAACAUAGAACCUGCUCUAAUGAUCGUCAAACAACGUCUUUAUUGAUAUGUAAAGGGCGACGCUGUUAAAUUUCUUAAAGAGUUAAAAUGAAACCGUGUUGUAAGGAACGGUAUCAGUGUUUGGGGGAUCUGCUGAACAUAUAUUAAGACUAAGACCAUACACUGUGCAAAAAGACAAGGUGGCAGACACAGUGAUCUGUAAUCUGUUCAGUAGGUUUGGGUUCAAAUGAAUGAUGUGUGCAAUUUUCAUGCAGAACAAACAAGAGGCAGCACUUCCAAAACUUUACAGAUUCUACCAAAACCUGGCAACCCUGAUUUCGAGGCCAUAACUGCAGAUUUGAUCCCUUUUGUCUUAAGCCAAAAGGUUGGAACCACUGCUUUGACAUUACAGUCCUCCAAGACAAACACACCGGUGUGUGCCACUGAGGGAGUGUGAGCAUAAUAAAUGUCUUUAUUGAGAGAGUACCCGAAACAAAAAAACAACAAAAAGGAAAACAUCUGACUGUGAAAUGUUGGGCAGCACUGAGAGAGCGUGAGAGCAAAGAGAAAGGCUUGGCUGAAUGAAUAAAUGAAUAGACAAGGGACGGGGAGAGAUGAGAGCAGAGGCUGUAUGCCAGUGGAGGAUGGCUGUGCAGCGCAGCCACUCUCCAUCUGGCCACCUACCCCAGCAAACGGCCCUCUCAGCUCUGAAGUCGCUGUGCUGUGCUGUGCCCAAUGUGGCAGCCACUCAGAGGCAUACCAGCCUGCAGAAAACUAGGCCACUGAACUCUAGCUGCCCUCUGGGCUUUUUUCUUUCUUUUUUUUUUUUAUAGAUUAAACCUACAGGCUCAACUCCCCCACCUCCCGGCCAAAAAGCUUUUCUUGUUUUGACAGGGAUAGUAAAAAGGCCACUUUCACAGCAAACAAAACAAGUAUAAACCCCCCUGCCUGAGUUUGUGCUGCUCACAGGUCCACCAGGAUUCACAGCCUACCUGUGUUUCUGCCUCAGUAAUUUUGUUAGUCAUUAUUAUCUCAGAGACCCCCCCCCCCAAAAAAAACACCACACACACACACACCAUUGGCCUGUCUUUGGAGUCCGGGUGGGCAUUGAAUUGAAAAGAAUUUCUCGCUCUUUGAGUGGACAAUCCUGGCGUGUGAUGUCACCAAAACAGGUGUUAAGUAGGCUAGACACGGUUUCCAUGGCAACAGUGAAACCCACAGAUGCUGCGGCUCUCCUCUUCCUCCUCCACCUCCCCUGUCUGUCUCUUCCUCUUGCUGGUCGAAGCCAGGGACAGAGACUCUGCGUGGCUGCAGAAGUCUGAACGAUACUGACACGGAUCCUUCCAGGGUCCACACAUCUUUAAUAUUAAAUAAGCUGUAUGAUCCAUUAACCCUUUGAGCUCAGCCUGUAAUAAACCGCCCCCCUCCCCCCUUCAUAGCGAGUGUAGAUAAGGUGAUGCUGUCACGUCUUUUCUCAGCGUAGUGCGUUAUUCGUCGGUUGUUUUUGGGAACAAAGUCAUUGUAAAAAGUCAUUCGGAGUCGCUAAAAUGUCUGAAUUCUAAAAUCUUAUUUUUCAUAUAGCAUAAAAAGAAAAAGUGGUACGCGUUCCUGCAGAUUUUAACACUUCACGUUGAGACACGUGGAGCUGAAAUCCAGGGCAAAAAGCUGUCAGCGAGUUGGGUCAGGGUAAAAGGGGUGCCGCUGACCGAAAGCGCUACGGCGUUGCACAAAGGGUUAAUGAUAAGACUAAGGCCACGCAAGGCCUGUUCCAAGUUCUGUUUUUUUGCACAUUUGUGAGAUAUUAUGUCAGUAUUUUAAUUUUUCCAAGUGCCUUUUUAUUAUUAUAGGUAAAUAUAGAAGUUAUACACUAUGAAAAAGAAAAUGAUUAUAUGAAAAUAUAUUUUUUUUUCCUGGCGUCAUGUUCUAUGGUCGAACAUGCAGAAUUUUAGAGUUGUAAAAGUCUCCAAUUGGUACAACAUAGCGGCGUUCUCCUGUUUUAGAGGAAUUUUAUUACGAUAUUGAUAAUAAUGUCAAUGAAAACAAAAAAAUGUUUAAUAAAGCUGCAUUUGAUA